ACUAAACUGACGUAUAGGAAAAAAAACACUGAAAGGCCGAGUUGUGUUAUAGAUUGCUUGACUUUCAGACGACUACUAUUGGAGUAUAUAAUUGAAUCAGAAUUUGUUCUGUUGUUUUGUAAAAGAUAAGAUUCACAUUAUGGCGGAACCAGCAUUCAAAGGCACGUUAACAUUGACCACAUCACAACUGAAACAGAAAUUCCUUUGUUGUUCUGGAUGUAGCAAUGAAUAUGAUGACAUAGAGAACUUUGCCCGGUUAUUACCAUGUCUGCAUUCUUUGUGUAACCAAUGUGUGCAGAAUUUGGCAAAAGAUGGAGGGUUACCAUGCCCAGAUUGCGAGCAGAAGCACGAAUUCAAAGGAGACAUUACUGAUUUCCCACGGGAUAAUACAAGACAAGAUCUUAUGGAUUUUGUCAGGGUCAAAUUGGCACCUGGAGCGAUAAUCUGUCAAUCAUGCCGAGACACAAAACAAGCAACCUUCCGGUGCAAGAAUUGUUCUGAGUUCUUAUGCGAAGAGUGCCAUACUGCCCAUAGAAGGACCAAUCUAACAAGAGGCCAUGAAAUUUUGGAACUUCAAUCUUUGCAGAAAAAGGAGAAUUUGGAUGCUUUCUGUCACCAACAAAUGUGUCCAGAUCACAACAGAGAGCUAGAGCUUUAUUGCAACAAAGAUGAUUGCCAGAAACCAAUUUGUUUCCUGUGUGCCAUGGUAACUCAUAGAGCAGAUGCUGGGCACGACAUUCAAGAAAUCAAAAAAGUAUCAACAGAGAAAACAGAAGCCAUGCGGAAACGAAUUGGUGAUGUUAACAUGACGGGGAGAGAAAUCAAGCAAAUAAUAGAAAACAUUGGUCGUGAAGUUCAGAGUGUAAGAACCCUUGGCAAAGAGGUCGCGACAGAAAUCAACAAUAAUUUCGAUCAUUACAUACAAACCCUGGAGAAACGUCGAGAUGAGUUGAAGAGAGACGUUGACAAAUAUGUACAAAUCAAAGCUGGAACAUUGGAGAACCAACUUCGAAAUUUGAAACAACAACAAAAGCGCACCAACGAGGCUGCUGAAUUUGCAGAUCAAACACUGUUGUAUAACAAUCCUCCAGCAUUCCUACAAAUUCAAGGUACAGUUGUUGACCGACUCGACAAGCUUCACAAUGAGUGGUUUGACAGGGAACCCCACGAGGUAGCAACGAUCGGAUUCAGCUGUAAAGGACUUUCACAAGAAUUUCAGAACAAAGUGUCAUCCAUGGCCAAGGUAUGGUCAUCUAAUGCCUACCAACCAAACACUAAAAUCACCCCAAAACAGAAUGAUGCUGUACAAGACGAGACUGUAACGUUCCUUGUUGUGUUGUGUAAUUAUGUUGGCAAACCAUUGACAGAAGAUAUAGGACAUUUGAAGGCAACCUUAACAGACCCAAAUGGUGCAACAGUUGACGUCCGUGUAAUCCAGAAUGGCUCUGAAGAAUCCCGAGUGACAUUUGUACCAUUCUACGCCGGUUCUUACAAGCUAGAUGUGUCAAUCCUGGAUAAGCCACUGGGAGAGCAUGAGUUCCAAGUACAACCACGUGACAAACCACAAGGGUCCAACAUAGAUGAAAGUCAGUUAGACGGAGCGACAAGACCAGACUUUACACUGGAACGUAAGAAAGCCCAUAGAGAUGUAACAGUUACCCCAGAUGGUAAAACGUUUGUCAACAGCCCCUCUGGAACUUUGAUGGAGUCAACAAAAGACAGACUCCACAAGUUUAAGGGUACUUACGGAAAUACAGUAUUUACCAGUCCUGGUAAAUUCUACUACGAAGUCAACAUAAGAUAUAAAGUACGAAGUCAACUGGAGAAAAGCAACCUCGUUUUCGAACUGGGAUUGGCCCGAAGAAAUGAAAUGGAUAAAAAGCAUGUUGUGGAUGGACAACCCCAUGCCUGGUCGAUGAUUUGUUCCCAACAUGUUGAUUGUGAUGCCAUAUGCCUACACAUUGCACGUGGCGGAAAGUGUCUAUAUCACGAGACAUUAUCGAAAAAUGCUAUUGGUUGUACCAUGGAUAAAACCUUUGGAUUCCUCCUUGAUGCUACCAGUGGUGUCUGGAGGAUCUUUGACGCAAGCAAAAAUAAACCGAUUUGUCAGAUGGACGAUGUAGAUUGUUCCGAACCUCUGGUUCCUGUUGUAUCCGGAUAUAACCCAAACCAAGUCGAGGUCACCAUGACAUUGUGCACAGAAGACGAGGAAUAAAUAGUGCAUGGUUGUACUAAAACUAUUCCGCACAUUCUGUAGAUGUGAAGGUUCUUUUUUUUUUAAAUAUUUGCAAUAAUAUUCAAGGAAUUGAUUUUUUAUCUAUUUUUAGAGAUCGUAAACUUAACAUAUAUAAUUUAUACCUUCA